AUACAUUAUUCAAUAAUCAAAUUUCAACUCGUCUUCACUUCUCAGCUGAAAACUCACAAUCUAUCUUUGAACCCCAUAGACAGAUUAUGUUUUGAUCGGCUUAGAAAGUUCUGAUCAUGUUCGAUCAGGAAACAGUCAAGUAUGUCUCAACCAGUUCAAUUGAACCAUCUACUCAUCCUAGCAGUCAGGGAGCAGCAGCAGAAACAACCAGAGUCGACAUAAUUGACUUAAAUCCAUGGGAUCUUAAAAUGCUUCAAUAUCCUUAUAUGCAAAGAGGAUUUCUUUUUACAGAUGAUACGGAGCACCACCAACAAGAAAAACCGGUAGAUGUCAUAAAUCACCUCAAAAAUUCUUUCACAGAGACACUUGAAUACUUUUAUCCUCUUUCCGGUCGACUUGCAAUUAGAAAACAUGAAGAUGAUGAUGAAGAAACCAGUAUCUCUAUCUACAUAGAUUGCAAAAACUCUACCGGUGCAGAAUUCAUUAAUGCUAUUGCAGACAUAACAGUAUCUGAUGUACUUGACUCAUCCUAUGCAGAUCCCUGUGUAGUGCACGAAUGUUUCCUUCCAUUUAACGGUGCGUUAAGCCAUGAAGGUCAAUCUCUUCCAUUACUUUCGGUGCAGGUAACUAAAUUGAUUGAUGGCAUAUUCAUAGGAUGCAGCAUGAAUCACUCUGUCUGUGAUGGAACAUCAUUUUGGCAUUUCAUUGCUUCAUGGGCAGCAAUAUCUAGAGGCGCUGCUUUGAAUCCUCCUAUCCUCGAACGCUGUUUUUACGACACUGAUUGCCCAAUUCGAAUCCCGAUCUCCACUUUCCAACUUCUUCCACAGAGAUAUUCUCAUAAGACUGGUCCACUCGAAGAGAGGAUCUUUCAAUUUCAGCAAGAAAGCAUUGCAAAAUUGAAAACAAAGGCUAAUUCAGAGAUCAGUGAGAUUAGUAUUACUGCUACUAUCUCGUCUUUGCAAGUGCUGUUUGCUCAUAUUUGGUUAGCCACGACUCGUGCAAGAAAAUCAAAUCCAAAUGAAGAGACGAGUUUUUGGUUAUCAAUCGGUAACAGAUCUAGAAUGAAUCCACCUUUGCCUGAAGCAUACUUUGGGAACUCCCUCCAGCAUGGUGUAGCGACUGCUAAGGCGGGUGAGUUGCUCGAUAAAGGACAUGGAUGGGCAGCUUUGUUGUUGAACCAAGUGAUCGUGUCUUACGAUGAUGAAAAAGUUCUAAAUGUUUGGAAAUCAUGGGUGGCGAGACCAGGUUUCAUGUUCACUGGUAAUGCUCCUCCGCCAAAGAACAUUUUGGUGUCAGUGGGAUCUCCAAGGUUCAAUGUGUAUGGCAAUGAUUUUGGUUGGGGCAAACCUGUUACUGUGCGGACUGGGCGCUCUAGCCACUACGACGGUAGGGUUAUUCCGAACCGUGGACUGGUUGAAGGGAGUAUAGACCUUGAAGUUUGUUUGUCUCGGGAGAUUAUGAAAGCUAUAGAGGAUGACAAAGAAUUCAUGGAUCCUGUCACCAUUUUUUCUCCUCCAAGUGUUUAACAGUGCGAUUAUGGCUUAUCCCUCAUUGACCUCGCCUUAUAAUAUUUGGUGAUAGCAAAAAUAAAAAGAAAGAUGACAUUAUCAUGGCAUUUACAAUCCUUGUUCAACAAACAAUUUGAAUCAAAUUAAAUUCGUGUAGUGGUAUGUGAUA